AGGUCCAAGCAUAACUAUCUCCUUUGGCUGGAAAAUAUGGUCAAGUGAGAAUGGAAUCUGCUGUGACUAACUCACAAUGGGGGAAAAACAACUCAAUGUGAAGUCAUAGGUCAUAGAUCCAGACAAUCCCUUCUUCACAACUCGAAACAAAAAGUGCUCUACCCUCUCUGCCUAGCAGGUGCCAGCUAUUGCAGCUAACUUCAGAAACUCAGCAACACAGAGGUCAUGUCCCUGGUUCCGUGGUUCCGGUGGAGUGAGACCCCUCACAAACUGACUCCCAGAAGUCCAGCUGAGAUGGUGCUUGAGACUCUGAUGAUGGAACUGGCUUGGCAGAUAAAGGAAGCUGAGAAACAGCAUCGAGAAAGGGAGAAUGAAUACCGGAAGAUUCGUACUGGGGUUGACUAUAGCUGGCUGGCAAGUGCACCCAGGAAUGCCUAUGACCUUAGCCCUGGGGAGAGGCUUCAGUUGGAGGAUGCCUGCACCAAAAUCCACCCUUCUUAUUGUGGGCCCAUGAUCCUCAGGUUCCGGAAGCUCAUUGCUGAGUAUGAGCCAGAAGUCCAUGAGGUAUCCCAACUCUACCGCUCAGUCCUACAGGAAGUGCUGGAGAAGAGGAAGGAAGAGGCUGUCAGGAAGCUGACCAAGCAGUGGAACACUCGGUCCCGGGGCACCCUCUCCUGACCACCUUUAGGACCCGUGCCCGGCAUCUUCCCUUUUGCCAGCGACAUUCGAACCAUCUCAGAGGAUGUGGAGCGGGAUGUCCAUCCACCCGAGGGGUCUGGAUUAUGCCUGAAUUUCCAGAUACACAAGGACCAGUAACUGAGAAAAAAGGAGCUGGAUUCCUAGGAAUGACUUAUUAGCCAGGUUUCAACCACAAGUGCCACCUUUUUUUCUCCUACUCACCUCUUUUACCUAUCCUACUUUUACAAGCUCUCCCUGCCCCUUUUCUGAGACCCUGAGCCACUCAGAGGAGUGAGGAACCAAUGAAUAUACAAAUGAUGGAAUUGUGACCUUAUUUACACAGGCCUAAACAUGCCACCCAUUCAGCUGUUAGAAGGUAGGAAGUAGAAUGAUGUUUUCAGGCAUUGUAGCCAGGAUUAGGAUUGGCCAGCAUAACCCCAGAUGGGACCCCAGAGGGCCAGGACCAUGGAAUAGUGUCCAGGACUUCAGGUCACUCUUAUUCUAGCCUCCCCUAGGUUUAAAAAAAAAAGGUCAAAUAGAGGAGCCCCCCCCUCCACCCCUUCCCUCAAAAUUCAUUACAAACAAAGGUAUUGGGUAGACAAAUAUGCCCAUUCCCUAUCCCUGUCUCUAAGAGAAAGGGGAUUACUUUGCCUUCCUGCUGAGACCUCUACCACCUGAGUUAUCUUAGGGUUAAUUAUUUCUCCAUUCCCUUUGUUGGUUUUUGUGGUUGAGUGGUGCCUGUUCAUUUCUAUUCUUUGGGUUUUUUCUUUUCUUUUAUUUUUUUAAACUGAACAAAUCAUAGUUGGUUGGAACCUAAGGGUAAGUUAGCUAGUCCAAAGCCCUCAUUGUAUAGAUGAGGGCAAUAAGCUGUUCUCCAUGGGCCAUUUGGCAAUCCCCCAGUUCCUGAGCCCUUAAGCUGUGGGCUAUGACAGAGCAGAGCCCAAAGGCCAUUUUCCCUGCACAUCUAUCACCCAAGUUAUCCCCUAACAGGACAUUGAAGUACCCACGGUCUUUCUGGAGCAGGUCUCCUAAAAUCCUACUCGUAGACUGACAACAUGCAGGGACAGAAUGAUGGCACAUAAAUAAACCAGUUCUCAGAAGACCCUCCCAAUAAAGCUUUGCCCAUUGGAAAAGCAGGGCAAGGGACCAUAAAGAUCAUCUAGUUGAAAUCUCCCCUCUGGCCACC